UCUGCUACAGCGUCGGGAUCAGCGCGUGCGAGAAAGGCGGGCAGUGGGAACAGGCGCUGUCGUUGCUCAGCGCGAUGCGGGAGGUGAAUUUGGAGCCCGACGUCAUCAGCUACAGCAGUGGUAUGAGUGCGUGCGGAAAAGUCGGACAAUGGAAACAGGCGUUGUCUUUGUUCAGCGAGAUGUUCGAGACGAAAGUUGAACCUAAUGUCUUCAGCUACAGCGCUGGGAUCACCGCGUGUGAGAAAGGCGGGCAGUGGAGGCGGGCGCUGUCGCUGCUCAGCGAAAUGUUGGGAGCAAAAGUGGAGCCAAACAUCUGA